CCAGAACGUUCCUAAAUCAACGUUUCUUACCUCAAAAUUUACACAUAAAUAUUAAAAUCUCCUACAAAUCCAUUUCCCCCACGUUGACACCUCCAGGGGGUGACACUGAUGUCCCCUCCUCGGUGUCCCCGUGUCCCCGCAGCGGACAAGUGCAUCCAGAACGUGUACCGGGACCUGCGGCUGUCGCGCAAGAGCCGCCAGGAGCACGUGGGCAUCCUGGGCAACCUCAUCCUGCGCGACAAGCUGCCCCUGGACGACAUCCGUGCCAGUGUCACCGAGAUGAUGGCAGGGGGCGUGGACACGGUGCGGCCUGGGGACAGGACAGGGACAGGGACAAGGGCCUGGGUGGGCGGGGAAAAGGUCCUGGGUGGUGAUGGAGGGACAGGGAGAAGGUCCUGGGUGGUGAUGGGACAGGCAUGGAGAAGGUCCUGGGUGGUGAUGGGACAGGCAUGGAGAAGGUCCUGGAUGGUGAUGGGACAGGCAUGGAGAAGGUCCUGGGUGGUGAUGGGACAGGGAGAAGGUCCUGGGUGGUUCUGGGACAGGCAUGGAGAAGGUCCUGGAUGGUGAUGGGACAGGGAGAAGGUUCUAGCUGAUGCUGGGUGGGACAGGGAGAAGGUCCUGGGUGGUUCUGGGACAGGCAUGGAGAAGGUCCUGGAUGGUGAUGGGACAGGCGUGGAGGAGGUCCUGGGUGGUGAUGGGACAGGGAGAAGGUCCUGGGUGGUGAUGGGACAGGCAUGGAGAAGGUCCUGGGUGGUGAUGGGACAGGCGUGGAGGAGGUCCUGGGUGGUGAUGGGACAGGGAGAAGGUCCUGGUUGAUGGUAGGUGGGACAGGGAGAAGGUCCUGGGUGGUUCUGGGACAGGCAGGGAGAAUGUCCUGGGUUGGACAGGGAGAAGGUCUUGGUUGGGGCAGGGAGAAGGUCCUGGUUGGUGUUGGGACAAACAGGGGGAAGGUCCUGGCUGGUGACGAGUGGUCAGGGAGAAGGUCCUGGGUGGAGAAGGGAGGGAGAAAGUUCUGGAUUGGGCAGGGAGAAGGCCAUGGUGUUGGAUGGGUCAGGGAGAAGGUCCUGGUUGGUGAUGGAUGGGACAGGGAAAAGGUCCUGGUUGGGGUUAGUGUUGGUGUUGGGACAGGCGGGGAGAAGGUCCUGGGUGGUGCAGGGAGGGAGAAGGUUCUGGAUUGGGCAGGGAGAAGGUCGUGGCUGGUCCUGGGUGGGGCAGGCAAGGGGAAGGUCCUGUUGGUGAUGGGUGGGACAGGGAGAAGGUCCUGGGUGAUGUUGGGACAAGGGGGAAGGUCCUGGUUGGUGCUGGGUGGGGCAGGGAAAAAGUCCCAGGUGAUGAUGGAAGGGCAGGGAGGGAGAAAGUCCUGGCUGGUGAUGAGUGGUCAGGGAGAAGGUCCUGGGUGGGGCAGGGAGGGAGAAGGUCUUGGAUUGGACAGGGAGAAGGUCGUGGGUGGUGAUGGGUGGGACAGGGAGAAAUUCCUGGUUGGGGCUGGCUAGGGCAGGGAGAAGGUCCUGGUUGGUGACAGGUGGGGCAGGGAGGGAGAAGGUCCUGCCUGGGGCAGGGAGAAGGUUGUGGGUGGUGUUGGAUGGGUCAGGGAGAAGGUCUUGGGUGGUGCUGGGUGGAACAGGCAGGGAGAAAGUCCUGGACUGGGCAGGGAGAAGGUCCUGGAUGGUGAUGGGUGGGGCAGGGAGAAGGUACUGAAUGGGACAGGGAGAGGGUCCUGGUUGGUGCUAGGACAGGCAAGGAGAAGGUCCUGGCUGGUAAUGGGACAGGCAGGGAGAAGGUCCUGGUUGGUGAUGGGUGGGGCAGCACCAAGCUGGGCAGGGAGAAGGUCCUGGCAGCACUGAGCAGGUCCUGACAGGGCUGAGCAGGUCCUGGCAGCUCUGGGCCAUCAGGAGCAGGUCCUGGCAGGGCUGAGCAGGUCCUGGCAGGGAAGAGCACCUGGCAGCUGCGGGCCAGCAGGAGCAGGUCCUGGCAGCUGUGUCCCCUGUGUGUGUCCCCCAGACGUCCAUGACCCUGCAGUGGGCCAUGCUGGAGCUGGCGCGGGCCCCGGGAGUGCAGGAGCAGCUGCGGGCCGAGGUCCUGGCAGCCAAACGCGAGGCGGGCGGCGACCGCGAGAAGAUGCUGAAAUCCACACGGCUGCUCAAGGCCGCCAUCAAGGAGACACUCAGGCUGCACCCGGUGGCCGUGACCCUGCAGAGGUACACCACGCACGAGGUCAUCCUGCAGGACUACCGCAUCCCGCCCGGGGUGAGGGGACACCGGGACACGGGAAGAUGGGGACACCGGGACAUGGGGACACGGGGAUGUUGGGAU